AUGUGGUACUCACGAGGGGUAAGAGGCAAGAACGGGAUAAACAUCCUAGUUGAUAGGAAACUAAAAAAGCUAGUUGUAGAUGUUAGGAGGGUGAAUAACAGGGGCUAUGGCGGUGUGCAUGGCAGCUUCUGUUUUGGUGAUAGAAACGGAGGAGGAACUUCGAUAUUGGAGUUUGCUAAAGCUUUUGAUUUGGUGAUUGUUGACUCGUGUUUUCCAAAGAAGAAGAAGGAGUACUUGGUCACCCUUCAGAGCAAGGCGGUCAAGACCCAGAUUGAUUAUCUACUCCUCAUGAAGUGUGAUAAAGGUCUUUAUCUGAGUGAGAAUAUCAUGACCCAUCAUAGGCUAUUGGUUAUGGAUAGAGAUCACGAGAAAUAG